AGUGUUGAGAUGUGCCAGUAGUAUUGUGGUGUCUCUUUAAAGGAAGGGGGAGUGUAGAAGAGGGACAGAGCAAAGAGAUGAAUAGAAGGCACCAGAACCACCUACCAUGACCAAGUGCGCUGUAAAUGUAGGACAGAAAUUCGAGUGGAAUACAAACGGAUCGUCGGGCGACAUAUUCGAGGGAAAACCAUGUUUGGAUGUGCCUUAUCUGAUUCAAAGCAUUUCAAAUAUGGCACUACAUGCGACCACAGGAACGCAGGGAAACUAUAUUUCCUCCCAAACAUCUCUGGCAUUGUGAAACGGAAAAGAAGAGUGGCUGUAAAAGACAUCUCUGUGCCGUCUUUCUCCGAUUAUCAUCAAUGGUAGGCAUUGCAUAAUUCACCCGUAUCCACCGGAGCCAUUCGGUUCCUCCUCUUUGGAAAGAGGGGGACGCCAGAAAAAAAAAAGAAAAAAAAAGAGCGACUUCAUCUAGUGGCUGCCUUCUCGGUGCUGCCUGCAAUUGUUUGGCAAUGCCCUUUUCUCUCUUAGCAAGGACUUGCAGCCAGUAGCGGGGGAACAAGCAGGGGAAGGAUGCAUUUAAGGCUGGAUUUGUGCUGCAUUCAGGGCGAUUCGGCAGUAAUAGCGGCUCUAGCAGAAACAGCGAGUGCGGAGGGCCUGGGAAGUACCCAGCCCCACUAUCUCCCCCUUUUCCUCCCUCCCUGCAGGACCAUGCUUGCGUGAGGGAUGAGGCUGUGCACAGGGACACCAGGCCAGAGCUGCGGCCUACUUCUCGCAAGAGCCGGUCUCUCGACUGCAAGAUCUGUGAACACAUUGCCACCAUCAAAUCAGCAUCUUUGGGCAUCAGGUAGAUCGAGGAGCAUGAGCAGGACUUUGAGCUGCGGGUGCAGAUGUCUGGGUAUAAGCGCAUGCGGCGACAGCACCAGAAGCAGCUGAUCGCCCUGGAGAACAGGCUAAAGGCCGAGAUGGAUGAGCAUAGGCUCCGGCUGCAGAAGGAAUUGGAGACACAAGCGAACAACACUUACAUUGAGCUGGAAAGACUGGCCAAACGCCAUGUUGCUCAAACAGACAAAGAGAUGAAGUCAGUUGCAGCAGAAGAGAGGAGGAUCCAGCAGCAGAUUGUUGCUCAGCAAAAGAAAGAGCUGACUUCUUUCUUAGAAAACCAGAAAAAGGAAUACAGGCUUUGCAAAGACAAGAUCAAGGAAGAGAUGGACAAUGACCCUUGUAUACCCAAGGAGGAAAAGCAGGAGCGUCUGUCGAGGCACAAAGAAACAAUGCAGCGCUCUCAGGCUGAGGAGGAAGCUCACCUGCUGGCCCAGCAGAGGCUGGUGUACGAUCGCAGCUGCAGGGCUCUGAAACGCCGGAGUCUGCUCAGGAAACAUGAGUUUGAACAAGAGCAACUGAGAGAGGAGCUGAACAAGAAGAGGACCCAGAAGGAGAUGGAACAUGCCCUGAUGAUCCGGCAGGAUGAGUCCACCCAGGACCUGGAGCGCAGGCAGCUGCAGAUGCUCCAGAAGCUGCGCAUCGAACUCAUGCGGCUGCAGCACCAGACAGAGCUUGAAAACCAGGAGGAGUACAAUAACCGUCGGCAAAGGGAACUGCACAGAAAACACACUCUGGAGCAACGACAGCAGCCCAGAAACCUCAAGACACUGGAGAUGCAGAUCAAAAAACAGUUUCAGGACACAUGUAAGGUGCAGAAUAAGCAGUACAAGGCUCUUAGGAACCAUCAGCUAGAGGUGUCUCCCAAAGGUGACCAUAAAACCAUCCUGAAGGCCCUGAAAGAGGAGCAGACACGCAAGUUGGCCAUACUGGCUGAGCAGUACGAGAAGAGCAUCAACGAGAUGAUGGCUUCACAAGCGAUGCGAUUAGAAGCGGAGCAGGAAACGGAGUGCCAAGCUCUGAAGCAGCAGCUGAAGCAAGAGAUGGAACUCCUGGACGCUUACCAGAAAAAAACCAAGUCACAGAUGGAGACCCAACAUGAGCGCGAGCAGCAGAAACUUGAGCAGAAGGUCUCCAUACGGAGAGCGCACCUUGAACAGAAGAUUGAGGAGGAACUGGCUGCACUGCAGAAGGAACGUACCGAACGGAUUAAGCACUUGUUGGAACGUCAGGACAGAGAAAUGAAUGCUUUUGACACAGAAAGUAGAAGCCUCGGCUUUGGAAGCCUGGGAUCUAUAGACUUCCCCAAAGAAGACAACAGAUGAAAGUGGAUUUAUCUCUAAAGGACAACAUAUCCGUGCCCUUUUCACGUCCACUUGACCGUUUGUCCCACCCAGGGUGACAAAACUGGAUUACUUUUCAUUGCUCUUAGAUAUUGCAUCUUUGAAUUGGGGUGUUGCGUGCAAUGAGAGCCUCUUUUGUGAAACUUUAAAGGGGGGUGGGGGGGUAAAACAAAAGAAUCUACACAACAACGUGUCAAUAAAAGUCAAACCUAGUCAGUGUAACUCAAAAGCCUAUGUGUCUGAAAUAAAAGACUCUUUCCUCCAUGCCAUUUUCUCCUUUUGGUAUGAAUUGAAUAAAUCAGGAAAUUUUAGUAAAAUGGGCACUUUGGUAUGUUUAAGUAGAAACCCAUCUUGUUCAUAUGAGGCUUAAUGUGUGUUACAUGGAGGGACAUUGUGGAAUGUGAGCUACGGAUUCCCCCGUGGUGUUAAGCUGCUUUGUUUCGGUUUUGUUUUGUUUUGUUUUUUACUAGUUUCAUUUUGUUCUCUUUAUUUUAUUCUCUGAAUGUGAAUAUUACUGUAUGGGGUCACUGGAUAGUCAGAGUUUUUUAUUUUCCAGUCAUACUUCCAUUUUGUGCUUAUGCAUACAGUAUACUGUGGACCCUCACUUUUCUAGGCAGUUCUGAUCUUUUCUUUCAUUUGAUAUGUAGACUCGAUUGGCAUAAGCUUGAUCAGCCCAUUUAUCUUAUCACAACUCAAGAUCCCACUUGGUAAAACUGCUUAUUAUUGCAUGCACUUUAAGGACAAAUUCAGGUUGUGAAGUGAAGCAUGAAUCUGUCAGAGAUUUUAGCUGUUUGUAAAUAAAAGUGGUCAUAGCAUUUUUUUAGGCCUAUGGAUACUGGACAUAAGCGCCAUAUUUGAUAUGAUAAUUUUCACAAAUGCCUUUAUUUAAGUUGUGCCUGAAGCAGAUUUUAGUUACGUGUUUGUUAUAUCUAUAUUUUACCUACUGAGGCCGGCACCAUUUUUGUUUUUGAGUUCAUCUAAACUUGUGAAUCAUUUAAUGUUCACUAAUCAAAGUUCUUGUAAAGGAAAAUGGUGAGAAUUGUGCUGUAUAAUUUUUGAUAUCAAUAUUUGUACAUGAGAACAUAGCUAGAAUAUACAGAGACACUCGUCUGUUACUGAUACCAGAGUCUAAUGAUAAAGAUUUUGCUUCGUUUUCUUUCGUUUUAUAAUAUAGAGAAAUGGUCAUACAAUAGCUCAAUAUAUUGCUAAGUCAAAUCACUAGACUUUGAGAUUGUAAAGAUGGAGGUGAAUGGAACCACAGACUUCAUAUAUCAGUAUCAGCGACGCCACAACAGCAGACAACAGCAUGUGGGUCUGGAUUGCAUUCUCCUUAUUACUGUCUAAUGAUAAGAUUUACAUCUUUUUUUGCCAUCUUUGUUAUGGUCAUUGAACAGGUUGCACAAUUAUUCCAUUUCUACUGAAUGGAAGGGUAAUUGUUUGGUGCUUAAUUUCUAAUGCCACUUUUAGCCUUGUGGGUUUUGUCUCGGAGAGACGAUUGAUUUUUACAAAAUGUAAAGCAUUUUGAACCCCACCCCCGCCCCCACUCUGAGUCAAAACACUACUAUGUUUUUCAAACACUCAUGACAUAUUUAGAGUACCCCAUGCAGUGAAACCCUCUUAAAAGAAAAUUAAGUAUAUGUAUGGAAAAAUAAAUGCUAUUUUAUCAUGGGACAGUUUUUGGAACAUUGUUUAAUGUGGUGGUCUUGAAUGCAACCCUGUUACAUUUUUUCUUUUCUUUUCACGUCAGAGCCACAACUUGUAUUAAUGUUUGGUUAUGUUCCUCACAGGGCUGAACGCUAGAAGACGCGCCCCGGGGUACAGCAGACGAACGCGAUGGCAUUCAGCGUCGGAACGCAAUAGCACUUAAAUGCUCUUGUUUUACACCUAAAAUUCUGAAUUUGUUUUCUAAGGUCGAACGGCUCCACUAAGAUUUACAGUCUUUGACGUUUUCAUGAACUUUCUGAAAUUUGAUGACAGCAUUUCUCAUAUGCAGUAAGGCCUUUUGUCUUGGUCACGUGUAACUGAAAGCUUUGUGGACACAAUUUUUUUAAAAGUGCUGUUGGGGUGCUUGAAUAAGUUUGUUUGUGAGCUGCAAAACAAUUACAAUUUGUGUGACUUUUAUGUUACUAGAAAGAUGUAUUUAGUUAGAAUAAAGGGGACUUUCCUAAAGAACUUUAUUCACCAUUUCCUGUGCAGUUCAAAGACAAAAAUAAAAGAGAUUCUGUUGAAAACAAGGACUCUCAAUUAUCAUCCUG